ACUGCACUUUAUGUUUCAAUCAAGAUGUUAGCUAUUUGAAAUGCAUAUACAAAAUAAUAUCCUCGAAUGUUUUUCUUCUACUAUGAGUUCGAAAAUUCACAGGUUCUACAGAAGUAAUCUACAAAGCUUCAAGGAUUUAUCAGGAUAUUGUACAGUAGGAAGAGAACAGCAUAGAGACAUCCAGUAAGCUCCCCCACAGACAAUUCAGUAAGGCAAUGAAGGUGUCAGCUCGGGGCUUAGUGCAGGCCCUAAUUAACGCCUCUGAGAAGGGGGCCCGCAUCGCACGUGUCAUCAGGGCUGAAACCGCUCUCUUAGAUUUACUGGUCCAGGAGAAGAAAGGGGACCAGAAAAACCUCCGCUUUGUUCAAGAUUUCAAAACACUAGCAGAUGUUCUGGUUCAGGAGACGGUCAGACAUGACUUGAGUGAACAGUUUCCGGGGAUUGGAGAUAGUAUUUAUGGAGAAGAGAGCAACAAGUUUACCAAUGUGUUGGGGGAGUCCAUUUCUGUCCGGUUACUGAAGGACCAGGAAGCUACAGCUCAGCUCCUAUGUUCAGUGCUGGAUGACAACAUGGCAGCUGCCAGCACACUUGCCAGAGUGGCCCAUGAACCAGUCCUGGUGGAUGGUGGACCGAGGCUGGAGGACGUGUGUGUAGACCUUGAACUGGAUGACCUCGGAGUAUGGAUAGAUCCAAUAGAUUCGACAGCCCAGUACAUUGAUGGCCUGUGUGGAGUCCCUGAUGAGGCGGGCCUGAUCUCCUGUGGCCUACAGUGUGUGGUGGUGCUGAUCGGGGUCUACAGUCAGUCCUCAGGUCUCCCCCUCAUAGGAGUUUGUAACCGACCGUUCGCAGAAAGUAACGGAGAAAAAUGGAAAGGAGACCUAAUGUGGGGUGUGGCAGUUGAUGAAUGUAGAGUUUUCUCCCUUCCUCAGGGAAACACGAACAAUUUCAAAAAGCCCGAUCUAACCAUCCUGAUGAGUCGGAGUGAGAAAGCGGACGUUCAGAAAACUUUCCGGGCCUCAGGGUCUGUCCACCAUGCUGCUGGUGCAGGCUACAAGCUUCUCUGUGUAAAUCAGGGUCUCGCAGAUGCUUAUGUUCUGUCUAAAAGCAGUACAUUUUUCUGGGAUGUUUGUGCACCCCAUGCAAUCCUCCUUGCUCAAAAGGGUGGAGUCAUAAGUUACAAGAGUUUAUGUGACUUCAAAGGUGAUCCCUCAUCUUGUUCGGAGUUAAGCUUGAACCAUCAGAUUGUUUAUCACCAUGACAACAAUCGGGGCACAGGGGCACAGAAGUUUUGUAACCAAGAGGGUAUUGUUGCAUAUGGUUCAGUAGAGGCAUUAAAAGCUAUCAUUCAAGCUGUUAGAGGUGUUUCCCCGAGAUGGAAACCCAAGUCACGACCAUUUAAUGGAGACAACAUCAUCGCUAAGUCAUCAGGGAGUGAUAUCAAACUUAGCUGUCCAGCAUACGGGUACCCAAAACCAAAAAUAACCUGGUACAAAGAAGAGAACUUGUUUGAUGCCAGUCAGAGACCAAAGACAAGGGCCAGGCACUUUGCCUUGAGUCUUAAUGAUGUACAGACAUCAGACAGUGGGAAAUACAAAUGUGUGGUCCAAAAUUCACUAGGCAGCCUAGAAUUUACAUUCAUUGUAGAUGUUAUACGAACCUCAUGGCCACUAGAGUUAGAGGAGCCGCAGAAUGCCACGGUAAUGGAGGGAGAGAGGGUGGUGUUCCGAUGCCGUGCCUUGAAUGACCCAGACGCCACCACCCAGUGGAUAAAGAGGGACACUGACGUUGGGGACGCAGGUGGUUCCAAUAAAGAUUUUCUUCCAAGUAAUGGACCAGAAAUAGUCAUAGAGAACGCAAGACCAGUAGAUGCAGGAAAAUACACUUGUAUGGUGGGCAAUUAUAUCGGAAUAAAGUCAGUUGAUGUGUGGUUAACAGUGAGACAAACCACCACCACGACAACGACGACAACCACCACGAAACCACCUACCACCACCACCACUACAACCACCACUACCACUCAAACCACCACCACCACCACUGAAAGACCAACCACUACCACCACAACCAUGGCACCGCUACCAACUACCACUGUGAAAACAUUCCCUUACCAACCAGACACUACGGACGAUGAAGAUCUGGAGGGAGGAAGUGGAAAUGAUAUGGAAAAGGAGAAGAAGAAAAAGAAAAAGAAGAAGAAGAACAAAAAGAAGAAGAAGAAAAACAGGAAGAAGAAGAAGAAGGAACGGCAGAGGGAGCGAGAACGCAAGCAGCAACAGCGGGAAAAGAAACGCAAGGAGGAGCUAGAUCGCAUGAACAAAGAGGGGAAAAUGGAGGAUAAUAGAGAUAAAGGCAGCUUCCAUGAUGUCGACAUGAACAAAGAUUUCAAUAUGAAUAAGGAUUUCAACAUAAACAAUUUCAACAACCCUGACAUCUUUAACAACCAAGGUGGGUUUGAGCCACCAAUUUUCCCUUUCCUGUCUACAACUCCACCAUCAGAUGAUGACGAUAUUUACUCAAACUCUGGUAACCCUGACAGCGACAGACUGCCCAUCAACAGGGACACGUUUCAGGAUUUCCCCGCGGGGACCCAGCAACACGCUGAGGAAGAGGAAGGAAUGAGUGCGUGGACGAUUUACAUAAUCGUGGGUCUCGUGGCAGGCGGGGUUCUACUGGUGGGGCUCGUGGCGAUCGUGGUGGCUCUUUGUUGUAAUCGAAUCGAGGACCGCAACGGAUACAAACACACCUCAGUGUGAGCAGGGAUUGAGGCCCUCUGUGGGGACAAUGACAAAAUAAUUUGUUAUUUACAUUUAUAAAUAACGACCUUCGUGUGCAACAAGAUAGCAAAUUGUGAGAUGGUUUUUACUCAGCUUAACAGUGAAGAGACACUGAAAUGGAGGGCAGCAUUAAAUCUUGAAGAUAAAUUGAUACUAUUUGGUUGCUAUGUCCUUUAAAACUGAAUAAAAAAGUUUUUUUUUGUGAAUAUGAAUAAAAACUUUGAAAAGAUGUUUAUAGUAUGAACACUGCCACAACGAAACACUUUUUCAACCAACAUGUAUGUAUAAUUUACUAUGUAAUGCAUCAUUUUGAUUGUCAGAUUUAGUAUUUAUAUGUGUUUUUGAAAAGGUCAUUGUUCAUUUUUUUGUCUUUUAUUGUAUAAUUUACUUGGUGCAUGUUUACAGUCUGGUCAGUGUGCAAUAAUGGGUUGAUAUUAUUAAUUUCUUGUCUUGAAGCAGUUCUGUUUUAUUAUUGUAGUAUCAUAUAUAUGUUUCAUAUGUUUCUUUACAUUGGGUAGCAUUACUCACAAUGAACUAGUAUGAAUGUUAAAUCUAAUAUUGUAUAUAUUUUCUGCCCUUUUUAGAUGGACUUUCCUCUAUCGAGUUGAUAGUAUUGAAUUUUUUUUUCAUUCUUAUAAACACAUUUUAUGUAAAAUGUUUUUUUUAAUCAUAAGUCACUGGUAUACAUGUACCAACAUUAUAUGUGUGUUUUAUACAUUUGACCAGUUAUGGUAUAACUUAUUGGUGCUAUGUAUUAUGUCAUUUAUAAAUAUGCAGGCAAUUGCUUUAAAUUUGAGUAUUUUUCUUUGUAAUACUCCUGCGAGUGUUUUUUUUUAAAAUUAUCUUUGUCUCAAGGUUAAGUCUUAUACCCCUCAAAGUACUAGCUCAAAAAAUCGGGCCCCAUUUGUAUGAAAAUUCAAAUUAAGUUUGUCUUGAAACAUAUUUUCAUAUCUGUCUCUUAAUAUAAUAUUUUUGUGCAUAUAAACUAUAUAUAACCCUCAUUUUAACAUGCAGUACAUGUAAGUUAGAAUACUCAUUAUACAUGUAUUGUACAUAUACAUGUACACCCAUCAUAGAUGUAAUAUUGGGAUUUGAUCCUUUAGAAAGCCAAUAUUUUUCAUCUACAUAACAAAGAGGUUGGUCAAUUUUUUUUAUCUUUACAGGGAAAAUGUAUGGCAAACUGGGUUUAUUGUGCUUGUUUAUCACAAUAUAUACCCAUAAUCAUCAAGAAAUUACAGAUUCUAAAUUUCAUUUUUACCAUUCAAAGUAUAAACAAGUCUACAAUGACCAUUUAUUAAACAUCUUAUAUGGAUAUGCCUCUCCUUGUUACUAUCAGACAAUUUUUCUGUAAGGAAUAUUUUAACACAGAUGAAACAAAAUCAAAUAUCAGUAAAAUUAAUUUAUCAUGUGUAAAGGUACAAAAUUUUAAUUCAAAGCAUUAUUGAAGUUGAAAAUUUUUAUAGAAAAAACUGAGUUAUCUCAGUUUACAGGGACCUUUUGUCCUUGAGAAUAUUAAAUAUGAAAAUAAAAGAGAAAAUCUGUGAACUAAAGAGAUGUAUCAGAUGUAGUUUGAAUAGUUCAGAAAUCCGCUGUUGCCUUAUGAGAUUUUACAAACAUUUGAUAUUAAAAUAUAUAAUUAUACUCACUUUAAUCACUUGUAUCGGGUCAAAAAAGUUUUACUGUGGCAUUAGUGUGUUCAGUAUUCAUGUUGAAUAUAGUACACUGUACUGUAUUUAUUUUAUAGAUCAGAAAUGAGAUCAUCCUUUGUUAGUUCUUAAUAACAAUAAAGUAUUCAUUUAUAUGUA